GCUUGCGCGCCGGCCGCGAUCUACCGUUUGGCUUCUUGCGCUAGCGAGCUCGGUGGUUCUUGGCGGGAAGGGAUCGACGACGGCAUGGGCAACUACCUGUCGUGCACGCUGGCGAAGACGCCCGGCGGGAAGGGCGCGCGGGUGAUCCUCCCGGACGGGCGGGUGCGGCAGGUGACGCUGCCGGCGACGGCGGCCGAGCUGAUGCUGGACGCGCCGGGCCACUUCCUCGCCGAGACGCGCGCGGCGCGGGUCGGCGCGCGCCUCGCCGCGCUGUCCGCCGACGAGGACCUCGAGAUGGGCGCCGUCUACGCCACGUUCCCGAUGAAGCGCCUCGGCACGCCCCUGGCGGCCGCAGACAUGGCGCGCCUCGCCGCCGCGGCCACCCGGGAGGCUCGCCGGUCCGCCAAGGUGUCCGCCGUCGUCGCCGCGCCGCCCGAGGCCGCGACCGUGGCGGCCGUGUCGCUCGUGCCGGAGGAGACGCCGUCGCCGAGGGCGCGGCUGGACGAGAUGGUGGACGACGCGGUGGCGGCAGAGAUCGGCGUGCUCAAGCACCGGCUCAGCAGCGCGCGCUCCAGGCGGCCCACGCUCGAGACCAUACACGAGGAGAAUUACAUGUUGAGACGCUGAAAUUAUACUACUAGCUAACUUCUUUUAUUCUCUUCUCUUUGUUCGCAAUUUUUUGGUAUCGAAUUCAACAUAAGUUGGAAAGGAUAUGUGCUGGAAACAAGGGGAUUUAUUUGUACAGAUGCUUUUCUUUGUAUGUGAAGCAAUUCAAGAAUUCGUGGAUCCGUUAAUUUGUUCA